AUGAAGUCAAUGCAGCGCAUGGGCGGCAAGAUGAUGAAGCGGUCGGCGGACCAACAGGACGUCGGGGCUGUGAUCGCGUCGUUCAAGGCGACAGACAAUAUGCUGGACAUGGUGAGUUCUAUAAAGACUGGCAGGCACGCGUGCCCCUACAAUAGCUAAUAAUCGCUUCCUGCAGCUGAUGAGAGAUCUCAAAUCCUGGCGCGACGGCUGGGACGACAUCCUACGACUGCAGUACAACGCCUCCGAAGCAUUCGCGAACCUCUACAAACCCAUCGAAGGCCUUGGCAACAACCCAAACGAACAGCGCCACCAGCCGGAGCAGACGCCCCACUCGACUAUGCAGAAAUGUCUUGCGCUUCAGAAGAUGUAUGCAGAGAUGAGGGCGGACUUGCAGCAAGAGCUCACAAUGAUCACCAACAAGAUCAUGCGACCGGUGGAGGAGUCGAAGAGAUGUAUGAAGAGCUUGCACACGACCCUCAAGCAUCGUGAGAACACGAAGCUCGAUUACGAGCGAUACAUGAGCCGAGCAGAGCAUGCGCGGAAGAAGCACACAAAGACCGUGAAGGACGAGACCGCUCUGGCAAAACACGAGAACGAUCUCCAGCAGGCCCAGAUAAAUUAUAACACGGCGGAUGACCAGGUGAAGCAGACUUUCCCACCCGUUGUUGAAGCAGUCAUAAGCUUGCUGCCGUUGUUGCUGGCGCAUCAGGUCAUGAUCCAAACGACAAUCGUGGGCCAGAUAUACACAACUCUCGAUCAAUACUGUAAGAGUCAGGGGCUCCCGAGUCCUGCUCCAAGCGAUGGAGAGAUCGUGAGUGUAUGGGAUCAGCAUUUCACUGGCUUCAGGAAAGAGCUGGAGAGUGGUUUGCAAUUGAUAGCUAGUGGCAAGGCGGUGCACCAGAACAUGAACAUCCCCGAUAAGGAUGGCAGCACAGUCACGGGGUUGGGGAUUCGCAACAAGACCUCGCAUCUGGUUCACCGCACGAAGAGUAAUCAGAGCUUGCCACAGAAGCCGUCUUUCUUUGGUCGCUCGGACAGUGCUGGACCAUGUGCCACGUACGAGGAGGAAGAGGCUCCACCAGCGAAGCCUCCCAGGCCAGGCACCCUGGGUACUCCGGGUAUGGCUUCUCCCGCUGUAUCGCCUGGCAUGGCAAUGUCCAACAAGCCUCGAAUGCCAUCUUAUGGCUCUCACAAUGCACCGUACGACCAGAAGCCAACCAAUGUCAUGCCAACGCCCGGCUUCCCAAGUUUUAACCCACCGCCUUACUCAGAAGCUGACUCGGCAGCAUCAUCGCGCUAUCUAACGCCCACAAGUGGCCUCUCACCCAAGCCUUCCUCCAUCUCUCAAGGCGGCAGCGAUUACUUUGGUAACGGCCAAGACGCACGGCGAACUUCGGCAGCCUCUUUUGCUUCUAGCGCCGCAAAUGCCGUAGCUGCAAAGAAGAAACCUCCACCUCCUGUUCCUGUCAAGAGGCUGCCGAGUCAGCAGGCACAGUUCGUGACUGCACUGUACGAUUUCGAAGGGCAGAGUGCAGGCGAUUUGGCGUUCAAAGAGGGAGAUCGCAUACGGGUGGUGAAGAAAACAGAAAGCACGGACGACUGGUGGGAUGGAGAGUUGAAUGGGCGAAGAGGUGCCUUUCCCGCCAACUACGUGCAAUUGUGA